AUGGCGGGCAUUGGGACUGAUCUUGAAGGGGCACAUCAGAGUACAAUACCGAUACCCGAUGACAGCGAUGAUGAACUUGAUCCCGCCAAUGAUGGUGCUCCAGCUUUGGCCAGCGGAGGAGAAUCUCCCAAAAGGGCGAAGCUUGGGCCUAGUUUUGCAAGUGGACGGGAAUCAGAGCCACUUGCUUUGCUGGAGGGGGCUCAAUCAACUGCACUCCCAGGCCUUUCAACCAUGUCGGCAGAGGCUCAACUUCAGAUUUUGCUCAGGGCUCAACAGCAAGAACCCGCGUGGGCCACCAGCAUGAAGGAGGUUUUUUCUGAGCAGAUUGCAAGGCUCGGAGGCGGCUUCCAAGAACUCCGCACCAAGAUCGAAACCUCGGAUGCAGCACACUCGAAUCGCAUGGACACAAUGCAACAACAGAUGGACGCCUUGCAGAAUGAAGUCAUGAAGAUGAAGGCGACGCCUCCCCCUUCGAACCUUUCGAACCUGCAGAGGGGGCAAUCCAGCUCAGCUCCAGAUCGUCAACCUUCGGCGAGGCUUCCUGCUAGGGACCAGCUUCCGGACCGCCAUCGAAACCAGCCAGGUGGGGAGACAAUGGAUACUGAUUUCAACCACCUGGUCUUGGGCGGCUGGGGGACAGAUAGUCGACGCCAGAUCGUGCUUGAUGAUGCUUGGGCUCUUCUGCGCAAUUUCCCUCAGAUCCCGGUGAAGUCGGUGCAAGUUAGAGGACCACGAACACGGAACGCGCAUGUGUAUCUGGAUGUUCUUCCUUUCCAAGCUGCCAAAGAGAGGUUCUAUGAGAUCCACUCGGCCUGCUCCAAGAAGUUCUCCACGACGGCUGGCCAGCUUAUCUGGAUUAGCCCAAAUCGUACCUUGGAAAGACGACAGCGCAACAAAGUCACGGGGCACUUCCUUGGAAAGCUUGAGGCCCUGUGCCCAGACGAAGACAGUAAGAAAGGCAUCGAAGUGGACUGGCAGUGGCAGCUCCUGUGGGCAGGAGACAAGCGGGCAAUUGGGCCCUCCAUGGAUGCACUUUUUGCUCCUGCCUCUGACCGCGCAGUCUCGGUGAACUUUAGGGGUGAGGAUGGUGUCACCGUUCGCUUUUACGCUAAUGUCACCGCCAUCUCUGAGUACACUGGAAAGGACUUGGGCGACGUGGAAGUAGGGUCGUGGAAUAUCCAUGGCUGCGAUAUCUUCAACUUCGGGGACUGGAGUGGACUCAUUGGUGAAGGUUGGGACGCCGUUGCCCUGCAGGAAAGUGAUUUGCAUGAUUUCUUUGUCCUUGGCACCAGUGACUUGGAUUCGUACCUCGGUCAAGUGAUUGUCUUCGACAAGUUGGUGUGUAAGCAAGUCUUACGCACUUUCAAGGGCGCAAGAUACAUCGGGGCACAAAUCCUCACCACGGGUAAUCAAGUUCUCACCAUCGUUGGGACUCACUUUCCUCAUGGGGACAAUUCCGACGCACAGUAUUCCGAAGCCCUUUGCGAUUUACAGCAGGGGAUGUACAGAUUUGCGAGAGAUGGUUGCGCAGUCCUCCUUGGUGAUUGGAAUGCUGACCCUCAAGAUGCCAACAAUCGUUAUAACAUGCUUUUUGGUGCUCUUUCUCUGUUCGGGUUUCGUUGUCACCUUACUGGAGAGUCAACUUGGCAUGGACAUAGGGGUGGUCACAAAGAGCUUGACUAUGCCUUCCUGUCACGAGACUUUACGAGCCGGAUGCAUCAGACCUCCAUCAAGAGGGCCUCUCAGGCGAGACUAGAACUUGGUUCUGAUCACGAUUUGGUGCUGCUUGCUUUCAUGAGGCCGCGCAAACAAGGGACUCGAUGCGGUAAGUGGAUUACCCUUCCUCAACAGCUGGAGAAUGGGCUUGUGGACCCAGACUGGUUUGCGCAACAAUCGGUGCAAGUGCAGAGCCAGAUUUUCGCGGACUGGGCACAGAAGUCGUCGACCAGAAGGCCCUCGUACAGAGAUCCUCCCGAAGUUAAGGAGUUGUGCCGUAAACGCCAUCUGUGUGCACAGCCUGCUGACAGAGCUGAGUACUCGAGACGAGUGCUCUCAGCUCGUAGAGAAGCCCGGAAACAGUGGCUUCAGGCCCUCCUGCACAAGGCGCAGGCAGGGGAUGCAGCAGCCAUAGCAUACUUGCGCAAUCGUGGUCGGCCCCCAACUGACUUUGCAACCUUGUGGUCGGCGCACUCUGGCCGGCAUGAGGCCGCCGAGGCGGUUGAAGCCCGUAUGCGCUGCCUUUAUGCGCCUGACCCUCCACCCUCAGAUGCAGCACUCCAUGAGCUAGAAGCCUCCCUGCAAGCAAAGUGUCACGACUUCAAGCCUUUCACAGCUGAUGAGUUGGCUGCAUCGGUGUGCAAACUCAAGUUGGGCAAGAGUUGUGGUGCGUCAGGGGUGUCGGCGGAGUUUCUCAAAGGUGUGCAUGCGCUGCCUGAGGGGGCCGCGCUCCUACUUACCCACAUGAACCACAUGCUGAGUCACGGGGAGCUGCCAGAGGGAUACUACAAGGCAUGGGUCAUUUUGAUCCCGAAGUGCACUCAAAUCCGGACUGCCAAGGACUUCCGGCCCAUCAAUCUAAUCGAAGCUAUGGCCAAACUAUAUACUGCCCUGUUGAUUCGGCGUAUCGGUGAUCAGCUUCCAGUGCCUCAGUGUCAAAUGGCUGGAUGCAAGGGGACGCAGACCCUGGAUGCGGUCAGCUGCUGUUGCCAUAGACUUGAAAGGGAAGCGAAAUGGGGCACAUCGUCGGUGUGGGUUUCUUUGGACGUUGAAGCUGCUUUCGAUUCCAUGUCGCAUUGGUCGGUGGGCAGUUUUUUGCUUGAGGUUUGCUCUGAUGAGGUGGCUUGGGAGUCCUUACGUCUUUUUCAGGCUCUCCGCAAUCCUCAACUUUGUUUCGAGCUCUUCGGUCAUCAGUGGUCUAUGCAUCAGCAGCAGGGGAUACAGCAGGGCUCCAGUUUCAGUGCCCAGUUGUUUGCAGCCGUGCUUGCACGUCGCAUGCAGCAGCUUUUUGACGUUUGGCGAGCCCGAGGUGAGCAGUGCUUGCAUGAUACCUACGGUUUAGUCUAUAUUGACGACAUCCUCCUUAACUUCUUCAAUGCUUCUGAUGCUCAUCGUCUACUUCCGGAAGUAGCGCAAGCACUAGCCGAGCUUGGUCUCAAGCUGCAUGAGGGCAAGUCGCAAGCGAUGACCUCCCCGUCGGUUUUCGAUGCUGUCGUUAGCAGCCUUCCUUCGGGUUCCAUGCUAGCCAGGUUUACUUGGGACACCUCCAUCGUGUAUCUCAAACGCAGGCUCAGUCAUCCCAACAGUGCAGCAGAUACCACCAAUCUUUUGCUUCGACAGUGCCAGAGGUCAUUUCAUGGCGCGUGGCAGUCCCUUCAGUCGAUUGUGUGCAGAAUUGGGUGGUGCAACAUUGUUCUGGUUUUGCAGGUCAUGCAACGGUAUAUUGCUUCUACUUGGUUGUGGUUGGCCCCUUUGCUCUACCCCCUAGUGCAGUACGUACGACAGGUUGACAUCUGGCAAUGCACUUAUACACUCAAUGCACUCAACCUCUACAUCCCAGAUGCUGCUCCACAAUCACUGGCAUUCGCUUUGCUCCGAUUGCGCCGUCGCGCAGUGCAGUCAGUCGUCUUGACUGACCGCAGAUGGCGGUGGGCUGACUCCUGGCUCAUGCGCAAGUGGAACUAUUUUGGGCAUGUUCUUCGAAUGCAUGCUUCGCACCCUGCGCGUUUGUCCUUCUUUCGCUGUCAGGGCGAACAGCAGCAAGGAGCUCCGUGGUCCUCUAGUCUUAGGUGUGUUAAGGUCAUGGUUCAACGGUUGGUUGGUGGAUCGAGUCUUCCUACUGAUGAGGCUCUUGCUGUGAGAGCUGCUGACAGAGACUGGUGGGCUGCAAAGGCUCCCCAGGUCCUUGAGUGGUAUGCUUACUGUCCCAAGAUCGGUACCAGCAAUUCUUGGCCCUGUCUUCGCAAGCUCUACAGUCUUUGUCCUUCAUGGUUACAGUUGGUGUAUGCGCAGCCUCUCCCUGAGGGAUUUUGUCUCCACUGGUUGUCUGUCGAAGAGGGCUGGAUGAGUCUCGCUGUGGUUGAGGGUUCAGAUGCCUGUAACUCCUGGGCGACUACACUUCAGCACAUCUGCAUGCUUUCUGCUCCCCUGGUCAUACAGCUACAUUUGGGCGAAGAGCUGGCGGAUAGUUUGCUCUUGUUCUUGCAUCACUUGGCUAGUCGUAUGUGGCAACAGUUUCAGCGCAUUCUACUAUUCGAUAUACUCACGGCCUUGCAGAUUUCUUUCCUGAAUUCACGCGUGCUUCCUCAUGGUGAUAUGGGUGCAUAG